CUCAGUUGACCGCCUGGCACCAGGCAGCACCAGCUGGAGACAAGGCGCGCUGAGCUUCUAGAAGCAUCUCCAGGUGACACCAGGGGACUGAAGACACUCCCACCGGGGACUCGACAGGAAUAAUGGGCAACCAAAUGAGUGUCCCACAAAGAGUGGAAGACCAAGAGAAUGAAUCAGAGAUAGACACUAACAAGGCGGCGUCUGAGAGUAGAUGCGCACAAAACGGGGUGCCGGUGAUCAUAUCAACCCGCGACAUUCCUUGCUAUGAUGAAGUUGAUUUGGGAAUAAGUGUCAAGGAGGAUAAUGCGGUCACUUCUUCCCCCGAGACAAUGGAGAUGAGCGCUGUUGCGGAUGCCAACGGAAAGAAUCUUGGGAACGAGGCCAAAGCCGGGGCGCCAGCUGCUAAAUCUCGUUUUUUCUUGACACUCGCUCGGCCUGUACCAGGACGUGCUGGAGACCAAGCCACGGAUGCAUCCACUGGGUCAGUGAAGCUUGAUGUCAGCUCCAAUAAAGCUCUAGGGAACAAAGAACCAAGUGAGAGCGUGACUCUUCCGGGGGCAGCUGCACAGGGGCACGACCCAGAUAAAACCCCGGGGCAGAGCCCAGCCGGGGACGAAGGCGUCUCUGCCACUUGGGGACCAGCGCCCGUCUCACCUGAGUCAGGGGGAGCAGCCCCCGCCAAGCCUAAGGACUCCGGCUUUUUUGACAAACUCUUCAAACUGGACAAGGGACGGGAAAAGGCACCAGUGGACAGCCAACAGGAAGCCAAGAGCGCGGAGCGUCAGGACCAGGCCGAGGAAGUCCCUGGAUUGUCAAGGCCACCCGAUGAUGUCCCUGCAGAGAGGGACAUAGUUGACAGCAAGGGGAAGGAAGGACAAGAGAUCCCGACUGUGAGGUGCUCUGUCCCUGGGGACCCAGAGGAACUGGACGUUGCAAAGGAGGACCCCCAGGCAACAGAUACAACAGAGAAUCGUAAUUCCAUCAUGAGCUUCUUUAAAACUCUGGUUUCACCUAACAAAGCUGAAACAAAAAAAGAUCUGGAAGAUACGGCAUCCAAAGCAGAAAGUGUCUGUGAUGGACAAGCUGGGCAGAAGAUCUGUGAGAUCCAAGCUAAAACCACCAAGAAAAAGCCCCUGCAUAGCCCCAGGCUAGGAUUCGCCUUUAGCAAAUUCUUUAGGCAUAAGGGUGCUGAAAAGCCACCUGUCCCGUCACCUGACGUCCAGUCAGACAAAGCUAACUUUAUAUCCCAGGAGACCAGAGGGACGGCCAAGAAUCCUACAUCCUCUGAAACAGCGAAGGAAGCCCCCAAGGAAAAGGGGGCACCCACCUCUCUGCCUCUGAGCAAACUGUUCUGGAAAAAGUCAGUUAAAGAGGAUUCAGUCCCCGCAGGUGCAGAGGAGAAUGUGGUGUGUGAAUCACCAGUAGAGGUUGUAAAGUCCGAGGAAGUAGAAUCAGCCUUACAAACGGUGGAUCUCAACGAGGAAGGAGAUACCACACCUGAACCCACAGAAGUAAAACUCAAAAGAGAAGACCCCAGACCACCAAGAGCCUCCCUGAUGGCGUUUCUCAGACAAAUGUCAGUGAAAGGGGAUGAAAGGAUCACCCACUCAGAAGAAAUAAAUGGGAAAGACUCCAGCUGUCAAACAUCGGACUCCGCGGAGAAGGUCAUCAUGCCCCAGGAGCCGGAGCCGACAGGGGCGGGCCAGAAGGGCAAGGAGGGUUCCUCCAAAGACAAGAAGGUGGCGGCUGAGGGGAACAAGCAGAAAAGCAACAAGCAGGACGCCAAAGAACCCGCCCAGUGUGUGGAGCCGGCCGUGGUGGAGGUGAACUCACUGCAGAACGGGGACAAGUCCCAGAAGAGACCGGAGAAGCGGCGACAGUCCCUCGGCGGCUUCUUUAAGGGCCUGGGACCAAAGCGGAUGUUGGACGCCCAAGUGCAGACAGACCCUGUAUCCAUCGGACCAGCUGGUAAAACCAAGUAAACAAAUUACUACAGUUCCCACCAAGUUGUCCUGCACCAAGAUGUCUUC